AUGCUGACUGCCACCCAGCCAACUACCGUACUCCACGGGGCCCCAUCUAUAUCAUUCAACGUUCUCUCUACACGUUUAGAGGCCCGUCGUUCAAGCCAUAGCAGUCCCGCUAGCACCUCACUAAAGCAGAGACUCCCUCCCAGAUCAUGGGAUAGUCAUAUGCAUGUCGUGGAACCUGAGCGGUUUCCUGUCUCCCCAUCAGCGGUGUACAAGCCCACCCCGCAUACGCUCGCGGAAGCACUCGCCUUUGAGUCUGGGCUAGGCGUGGAGAACCUGGUGCUUGUGCAGCCAUCGAUAUAUGGAGCCGAUAACUCCUGCUUGCUCGCUGCAUUGAAAAACCUCGGGCCCUCUCGCGGCAGAGGUGUCGUCGUCGUUGACCCAGCUACCGUUCAACAAGAGACAUUGGAUGAAUGGGAUUGCCUCGGAGUCCGUGGACUGAGAGUCAAUCUCCAGUCUGUGGGCAAAGUGAUGGAUAAAGCCGAGCUCGAGGAAACCCUCCUGCGGCAUGCUGAGAUUGCCCGGCCAUAUAAUUGGAUCAUUGAGAUCUACCUCCCUCUCAAGAUGGUCUCUAUGAUUGAGUCCAUCCUCCCACGGCUCGGCGUACGCAUCUGCAUCGAUCACUUUGGCAGCCCUGAGCUGCUCUCAUCAGAUGUAAAAGCCUCGUUCGAUCCAUACGAACUCCAAGGCUUUUCAUCACUUAUAUCUUUGCUCCGUGCUGGCGGGACUUAUGUUAAGGUCUCCGCACCUUACAGACUGAGCAAAGACCACCAGAUGCGUGAUUUAAAGGCCAUGGCCAGUGAAUUUUUGGCUGUUGCUCCUAAUCGUGUGAUUUAUGCUACCGACUGGCCACAUACCCGAUUCUCUGGAGUGGAUAUCAGUCCCUUCACAGAGGCCUGCUUGGACUUAUGUGCGUCCAAGCCAGGAUUGGCGGAAAGACUGUUCCGCAGGAAUACGGAGGAAAUGCUCGGAGUUGUCUCGGAGUAA